GAGGCCGGUGGGUGACGUCAGCGGCGGGGGCGGGCGCGCGGUGCCGGUGCGCCGAGCCGAGCCGAGCCGAGCCGGGCUAUGGCGGAGCGGUGCGGCCGCGGAGCGGGGCUGAGACCUGCUGAGGGAUAGGUGGGCUGUGCAGCGCAGGGAACAUCUCCGGCAAGCUGUAAAGAUCAGAUGGCGCUUGACUUCACCAGUGAAAGACGUACAAGGUGAAGGUGUUGGAACUGCAAAUGUGGAAACUUGCUGCGCUGAAUGCAGCCGAUAAAGUGAGUUUUGGUCUGCAAAACAUUUGCUGCCAUCGAGAUUUCUGUCUGCUGAUGGGGCAGAUGGGGUCUGCCUGUACCGAAAAGGGACUGACGAGAAAGGCGAAGCUUUGCUGACUGCUGGGGAGCCCGGCCAGUGCCUGGAUGCGCUUCGCUGGUGGGGAAAACGCUGUCAAAACUUGUGGGCAGGGAGGGUUUGGGGCAACGGAGGGGCCAUGGGGCUGCUCUGGGCUCUGCCCCAUGGUGGGGCUGGCUGGCUGCCCCGGCACUGAGACGCCAGGGACGUGGGACUGGGCAUCCAUCUGCGCCGCCAGCCUUGCGCCUCGGCAUCGUCUUGGGGACGUCGGAGAAGGAAAACGAGAGAGCGGCUGAAAAAUGUAGCAGUGCUGAUUUUUUAGUCUCAAGAAAAUUAACCUUUCUGUUUUGCUAGAGAUCUCUGGGCUGCGUUUAUCCACGCUGCUUGGAAAGUCUCUUCUACCCCUUGAUUUCUCAGCCAGUUUAAAACAUUUUAUUUGUGUGUGAGUGCUCACAUCUAUUUUCACUGCAUCCACGCGUCAUCUUGAAGCGAUGGGCUUGGAGCAAGGCCCCCCCUAAGCAUCUGUAACUAAUAAUGAGGCACUUGAUUUCAAACCACGUUUGUGAUCUGGAAGCCCUUCGACUCUCCCAGCUUUUCAAGUGACAAAGAGGAAAAAGCUGAAAGAGGACAGAGCACGCGAUGGCAGAGAAGUGCGACUGUAUCGCCAGCAUGUACGGGUACGACCUGGGCUGUCGCUUCAUUAAUUUUCGCCCCUUGGGUUUCGGGGCCAACGGGCUGGUGCUGUCAGCCCUCGACAGCAAGAGCUGCCGCAAAGUGGCGGUGAAGAAGAUCACCAUCGGCGACGCGCGGAGCAUGAAGCACGCUUUCCGGGAGAUCAAAAUCAUCCGCCGCCUGGACCACGAUAACAUUGUGAAGGUGUACGAGGUGUUGGGGCCGAAGGGGACCAACUUGCGCGGGGAUUUUUUCAAGUUUAACAUGGUGUACAUCGUCCAGGAGUACAUGGAGACGGACCUGGCGCGGCUGCUGGAGCAGGGGAAGCUUGCCGAGGAGCACGCCAAGCUCUUCAUGUACCAGCUGCUGCGCGGGCUGAAGUACAUCCACUCGGCCAACGUCCUCCACCGCGACCUCAAACCAGCCAAUAUUUUCAUCAGCACAGAGGACCUGGUGCUGAAGAUCGGCGACUUCGGGCUGGCCAGAAUUGUGGAUCAGCAUUACUCGCACAAGGGUUACCUUUCCGAAGGCUUAGUAACAAAAUGGUAUCGCUCCCCCCGCCUCCUCCUCUCGCCAAACAACUACACCAAAGCCAUCGAUAUGUGGGCGGCCGGCUGCAUCCUGGCUGAGAUGCUGACGGGAAGGAUGCUCUUUGCUGGGGGUCACGAGCUGGAACAGAUGCAGCUUAUUCUGGAGACAAUUCCUGUUAUCCACGAGGAAGACAAAGAGGAGCUGCUCAAAGUGAUGCCCACGUUCAUCAACAGCACCUGGGAAGUGAGGAAGCCGCUGCGCAAGCUGCUCCCCGAAGUGGACAGUGAAGCUAUCGAUUUUCUGGAGAAAAUACUGACAUUUAACCCUAUGGAUCGAUUAACGGCUGAGAUGGGUCUGCAGCAUCCUUACAUGAGUCCGUAUUCCUGCCCUGAGGAUGAACCGGUGUCUCAGCAUCCAUUCCGGAUUGAGGAUGAGAUUGAUGAUAUUUUACUGAUGGAAGCCAACCAGAGCCAGAUGUCUAACUGGGACAGGUAUCACGUCAGCCUCUCCUCUGAUUUGGAAUGGAGACACGAUAAAUACCAUGACAUGGAUGAGGUUCAGCGGGACCCCCGGGCAGGGUCUGAAUCCAUCGCUGAAGAAGCACAAGUUGAUCCACGGAAAUACUCACAAAGCAGCUCAGAGAGGUUCUUGGAGCUAUCCCACUCAUCCAUGGACCGAGUAUUUGAUGCCGAUUGUGGGAAAUCCUGUGAUUACAAAGUAGGGUCACCUUCCUACUUGGACAAAUUGCUGUGGAGAGACAAUAAGCCCCAUCAUUACUCAGAGCCCAAGCUGAUUUUAGAUUUAUCCCACUGGAAAAGAACAACCAUAGCACCCGCAGCUGAGCUGUCGCUGGAAGAAGAACCAUCCAACCUUUUUCUGGAGAUUGCUCAGUGGGUGAAGAGCACGCAGGUGGGUCUGGAGUGUCCCAGUCCUCUUCCGGAGAUUCAGGAACGGAGCCUGCCAUCUUCUCCUCACCACCUCCACAAAGAACCCACGGAGGUGAACAGUGAAACAGACCCUGAGUUUGACUUGGACGUCUUCAUCUCCAGGGCACUGAAACUUUGCACAAAACCCGAGGAUCUUCCAGACAACAAACUCAAUGACAUCAACGGGGCCUGCAUAUCUGAGCACCCUGGUGAGAUUGUACAAACAGAGGUGUACCAGAAAGAGCGAUGCAUCUUAAAAUGACGAGGACAAAAUCAGCAUUUUCAUUAUGGUCAGAUACCCUCCUGGUUUGACGGGUUCCCAAAACGCCAAACUUUGAGCUCCUCUGAUGCACCUGUGUGAGUACAGGCGGUACGGAGAGAAGCGAUGCCAGGCAGUGUCCGUGGUCAGCCGUCAGUCGGCAGAGAAUGGAACUAGAGGUAGUUUGGCCAUCAGACAGAAAAUAACUCUUCGAGAAUGUUAAUGGGGAAGGAAUUUGACCUACAAAAUAUGGGCCACUUGGGGUUUUAUUUUAUUUUUUCUCAUUGGAAGAGAAAAUUUUUGCUAAGCACGUUCUCCCUGUUUGGUUCCUCACACAUAAAUUCUCCCUUCUGUUGCACGGGGUAGAUCUCAGCUCUCCAACUACUUAGGAGGCCCCAUACGAUACAUUUCAGUGUAACAACCUGGUGCUGCAAGUCCUGUCUCCGGCAGCUGCCCAGCAGACCAGCGAAUUCUGGUGGUAAGGGCUGGACAGGAGUCGAGAGCUAGAAACAGGGCAUCUCACGGUGCGAUGCUGCCUGGCACCACCAGCUACACAGACUCAGCAAGGGCACCCACCUUUGCUAAUAAAAAAAGGAAUGAAAGUACUACUAUUUUACCUUCUGACAAAGGUGUUGUGAAGAAAACAACAGUUCCUGUGGCAUUAGAUUCGUAACUGGCCACUUUGCUUCCAGCUUCUUUGGAAGAUGCUGGUGUCAGCAGGCAACUGAGUGCGGUUUGUAAAUAGACAAAACCACAACUGAUCUACUGUAACUUCUGUUUUCAUCCACACUUCUGAGCACCUUAAUAAUUAAUCAGCUAACAAGAGUUUGUAUAUGGAAGAAAUGUUCUAUACUUAUAUUUAAUCAAACUCGGCAGUUUUUUAAAUGGAAAAUCUGUAAAUAGUGUCAUAAAAGCCAAUCUCCGCUUUCCUUGCCAUCGUGUUGUUGUGCUCUCCAGCACGGCGGCACUACUUUCAUUUGUAAAAGAGAAACUACUGUACUUAGUAACUCCAAGGUCCGUAUUUAACUACUGUUCCUAUACGAAUUAUUUCUACCCUUUCAACAAGCAAUCUACUAACUGUUCUGAGAUGUGAAGAAAACUCACGUGAGACUCGGAUGAUAACUAACAGCAGCAUUUACUGUAUUAACCCUGGUUUCUGUUCUUGGUGGGAUCAGGUACAGGUUUAGCUGUAGGAGAGCUUGUGCUAGGCAUUGACAAGCCCAAAAACUUGUUCUUAUUGUGAAGAUCUCUCCUUAGGCUGAUUGAAAUGCCGUUACUCCAGCUGAUUAGCAGCAUAGGUGUGAAGGCUGCCGGCUGCAUGGAUGGGAUGGGGUGGAAGUCCUGGGGCAGGGGUGGAGAAGGCAUCUGGAAGGCAAAGCCAUUGGAGAAGGCAUCUGGAAGGCAAAGCCACUGGGCUCUGGUCUUCGCCUCAAGCGUUUGGACGUCCCCCACAAUGGUUCAGAAAGGGGAAACAAGGGAGAAACAGAGGGUUGGUUUCCAGUGUGUUGCAGAUAAUUGAUAUACCUCAACUAAAGCUCAGCACUUUUACUGGUGGUGGGAGAGAUUCAGACGCCGAAGAAGCGGCCAGCCCUGCAGUGGAGCAGAUCCAAAUCCGGCCCUGGCAGCCCCCGACUCACCGCCCGUGGUCCCGCUCAGCUUCGCCGUGCGCCCGGCAGCAGCCGGCAAAGGCUGGGAACGGGAUUGCUGGCGCUGGGGUGAGUGUGUGCCGAGAGAGCAGCUGCGGUUGUGUCCCAUCGCUCCUGGUGCCACCCGGGAGAAGCGGAGCAGAUAACGCCCAGCCUCUUGAUGGGAGAUGCACAAACGCUGCAGCUGGAGGCAUCAACUGAAAAUUAGAUGUUUGGGAGCCGACGGAGUUUAAACCUGAAGGAUAAGAUCAGCAAUGUGAGAGCUGACUUUUAAAACUCUCUUCUGACAGAUUCAGCAACUAUUUUCUACCCUUGGGUUAAACAUGGGGACAUGCUGACUUGUGAAAUCAGCAGCGACCAAACCACGCCAGCGUUUCCUUGGUGGACAUCAGUCGCCACGUCCUCUGAAACCAGAAGCCAUUUUCUGUGGGUUCUUACAUUUGGGCUGAACGUCUUCACCAGAGGCGUACGGGACUAUUUAUUAUGGCCAUGAAAGUAACAGUUUUGCUUUUGAAUAUUUUCUUCUAAGGAGGAGUGGGAGCUUGAGGGCCCACAGUUAAAGUGUAAUAUUAACUUCACAUAACUUCACUUGCAAGAAGCAAACGGAGCUUAUUGCCACCGCUCCGGAUUUUCCAUCUCGGUUUGUGAGCUGUUAUUUAACAUUGUUCCAAAACCUCGGCGUCACGUGCUGGGAAAGGAGGGAAACGAGAGGGGUAGCUUUAAUUUGUUACCGGAGUGUGCUCAGCCGAUCACAAGCCAGAUUUAUUUCUCAUCUACAACAAUAAAAUUUAAGGCCUGAGCCUUC